UACAAGCCUCCCUCAGCGUUUCCUGAGCUGGAGGUGAACCGUUCCAGCUUCCAGUUCGUGUGUCGUCUUGGCCAGGGCAGCUUUGGCGAGGUGUGGCAGGGCCUCUGGAAUGGCCGAGUUCCAAAUGAACCAGUCUUUCUGGUGACCGAGCUGAUGGAGCGCGGAUCCCUCAAGAACUUUAUGCACAGCCGGGAGUCCAAGUUUCUCACAAUGGACCAUCUAAUUCAGAUGAUGGCUCAGGUUAGUUGGAAGUAG